UUUGCGCCGAAUGUGCUUUUGUGUGUGUGUGCUUCUUGUUUUUUUCCUAUUUGCUGUUGUUGUUGCCGUUGUUCAACCUUGGCCCGAUCGAGCGUUAGGAUCAUCUCAACUUAGAGGAAUCUAGAGCAAAACCAACAAAUAUGACGACUCCACAGCUUGGACUUUCAACAUCAAUCCUAACAUUGAUCUUGUUAUCUGCACUUCCACGAUGCGAAUCCCAGCAGGCUGGUCAACCGAACAUUGUCCUCAUCUUAGCUGAUGAUUUGGGUUGGAACGAUGUCGGAUUUCAUGGUAGCAAUCAAAUUCCCACACCGAAUUUGGAUGCUUUGGCGUACAACGGCAUCAUCUUCAAUAGUCACUACACGCAGUCGACGUGCACCCCUUCGCGCACGGCACUUCUCACCGGAAAAUAUCCGAUGAGAUUAGGUAUGCAUGGAACGCCGCUGAACCCAGCCCAGGUGGAAGGAUUGCCCGAAGGAAAAUUGCUGCCCGAAUAUUUGAAGGAAUUGGGGUACGAGACUCAUCUCGUCGGCAAGUGGCAUUUGGGAUACGCCAGAUGGAACAAUACGCCCACAUACAGGGGCUUCGAUCACCAUCUGGGAUAUUACACCGGUUACGUCAGCUAUUACGACUAUCUGAACACCUUCAGGGUGGACGAGAAGGAUUACACCGGAUACGACCUUCGCAGGGAUACGGAGGUGGCUUGGGAUCUAGCAGGUCAAUAUGCGACCGACGUUUUCACGGAUCACGCAGUGAAAACCAUCGAGAAUCACGCAUUGACGAAACCGCUCUUUCUAAUGGUAUCCCAUCUGGCAGUGCAUGCAGGGAAUGACGGAAAACUGCUGGAGGCGCCGCAGGAGACGAUAAACAAGUUCCGACACAUCCAGGACUCGAAUCGUCGAACAUACGCAGCAAUGGUUUCGAAGUUGGACGACAGCGUUGGAUCGAUCGUAUCAGCGUUGCAGGCGAAGGGUCUUUUGGAGAAUACCAUCUUGGUGUUUGCCAGCGACAACGGCGCUCCGACGGUCGGGCAAUACUCUAAUUGGGGCUCCAACUAUCCGUUGAGAGGUAUCAAGGCGACGCUCUUCGAAGGAGGCAUCAGGGGUGUAGCGUUCGCCUGGAGUCCGCUUUUUGUGCAGUCCGGAAGGGUUUCUGCCGAUUUGAUACACAUCAGCGAUUGGUUGCCCACGCUCUUCACAGCCGCUGGAGGUGACAUAGGUCUCCUUGAUCCGGAUCUCGAUGGAGUUGAUCAGUGGAGCAGUCUGCAGUACGAUCUGCCGUCACCGAGGAACGACAUCCUCAUAAACAUCGACGAGAUCACCAGAAACGCCGCUCUUCGCUUCUACAACUGGAAACUGAUUGUCGGAACAACUUGGAAUGGCACGUACGACUCUUACUUUGGUGAAUCUGGCAAGGAGAACAUCGAGGAACAAGUGUACAACUCGACGAGAGUCUUCGAUAGUCCGGCCGGCAAAGCCAUUCGACAAGUGAGCUAUACCUCAUUAACGGAAGCAGAGUACGAAGCGCUCCGUCGUCAAGCUACCUUGAGGUGUCUCAACGCAAAAGCUAAGAGGAAUCCUUGUGACCCGUCCAAUGGUGAGGUAUGUCUGUACGAUGUGCCGAGUGAUCCCUGCGAGGAGAACAAUCUUGCCAGUUUCCUGCCGAGCGUGGUGCGAAGGAUGAAGCGCGCCCUCGUCGACUAUAGGUCAGGUCUAACGCCGCAGAUCAGCGGGAAGGUCGACAUUGAAAAGGACGACCCCAAACUUUUCCAAUUCGCCUGGAACCCGUGGCUCGAUUGCUCCGACUCGACCUGUGCAGCAGCUUAAUUGAAUAUUUAUUUAAAUCUCAAUCCUUCCGUCCUUUCUCCACGUCUCCUGUCUUCUUCUCUAACUAUAAAAACCAAACACCCAGCCGCCCCUAGUACACGUGCAAACAGAAAAGAAAAACAAACGACGAUUCAAUAAUAUUUAUUGUGGCUCUCAUUAAUUAAUUUGCAGAGCAUUUUUAGUUUCUUAGUAA